AUGGGCCAGAAAAUUCCAACGAUGUCCCCGAUCCACGCGUGGGCUUGGAAGCAUGCAGCAUGGUUGCACACCAGGUAUGCGCGUACUGAAGCGCACAGCCCCUUCGAGAUCAUCACCGGCAGACCAUAUCUUGGCAAGCUAGUGAAUUUCUGCGAAGUUGUGUAUGCCAGAGUGAAGUCUUCAAUCAAAGGGAAAGCCCGUUGGGUCAAGAUGAUUUCGCUUGGAAAGCUUGGAAUUUCAGAUUUGCAUUUUGGGGCCACGCAAGGAGGUUUUCUGAUUUCCAGCCGGAGUGUGCGGCGGUUGCCUAAGCAAUUUGACGCGAGUUUUCUUGAGUAUGUUCACGACAUGCCUUGGACACAAGCCUCGUUCCUGGCGGGGCAGUCAGGGCAGUCUAGGCUCCAGAAGUCGAUUGCAGGCAAGAGUGAGGAGGCCAGCGACCAAGCCAAGUUGCCAGAAGUCGUUGCCAAUGAUCGGCCGAGGCCCAUGCUGCGUAAGCAGUGUGCAUUUCUUCCGCCACCUCCAUUGCUGAUUUCGCCAGAGCCUCCGACCCCUUUGCGAGUGAACCCUUCGCUUGGCCGAGCUACUGAGCCUGCCACACCGGCCGAUAUGCUUCCUGCAUUGUCACCUGUUCCGGAGUCUCCAGCACCGAUGCUGGUUGAAGAGAGUGCAGGCGCUGGCGGGGAUGCGCCAAUACCACCUGCUGCCGCAAGCAGCAGCGAUGGAUCUGCCAGCACUGGCGGAACAGUUCGCCCGGCACCUGUGCAGGCCGAGCCACCGGCCCGAAAGCGACUGAGGCUAGAUGCUGUUCAGACAGACACAAGCGGAAAUCAGUUGUUUCAUCAAGAUGAAGAGGUUGUCCUUGAAGGUGAGGUAGCCGAAGAAUAUCUUGAAUGUGCUGAUGCAGCUGACUGGGUUGAGUAUGAAAGUGAAGCCGAGCUUGAAGUACCAUCUUGUUUGAUUAGGUCUUUUUCUGAAAGUGAACCAAUUUGCAGCCCUGCAGAACUUGAUGAAAUAGAUGCUGUAGCAGAUGCAUUUGAGUUUCAGCGGCUGUCUGGAAUUGGGGUCUUAAGUGAAGUGCCUGAUCGACUUGAAGGCCACAGGACGCUUACGACAAAAAGCGUGCGGACAUGGAGGCCAAAGCUCUACAAAGGAUCGAAAGUUUGGUUGAGGCGUUCGCGCCUCGUGGCGCGGGAGUAUGCACACUUAGAUCCCGAUAGGCCUGGGUUGUUUUGCCCAACAACGAACCAGAUUAUGCUGCGUGUGCGUGAGGAAGGCUGGUCGAUGCUAGCGCUCGAUGUGAGCGAUGCUUUUCUCCAGUGCAGCCAGCAGCACCCGACGGUCACCCGCAUAGGUGAUAAGUGGUUCAAGUUGUGGCGGAUGCUCCCUGGACAACGGGACGGAAGUGUGACAUGGUACAAUGAUUUCACGAAUGAAAUGAAAGCUGCCCAGUGGCCCAGUGGAGCAGGCGGAGGCUAUGUGCAUGUGGACGACAUGCUGGCUGCCGGCCAGACUGAAAGGUUGCAGGUUCUUGAAAGUCACUUGAAGUCAAAGUUUAAGGUGUCUAGCGAGUGGAUUGAGCACAUAGGAGAUCAAGUAUCUUUCUUGAAAAGGCGCCACAUCCUUGUAAGCCCCACUUUGCUCAUGCAAGUCACCGGGUUAGCAAAUGCAAAGGAAAGGUACAAAGCAGCUCCGUUUCCGACCGGAGGUCUGCCCACUGAGCUCGCAUCUGAUCGUGAGUUAGAUGCAGCCACUGCCAGCCCGUAUCGCUCAGGUGUCGGUAUCCUCGCUUAUAUGUCUUCAGACCUUGUGGCGUGUCAAUUCGCGAUUCGAUACCUGACUACCUAUUCUCACUCACCCACCGAAGGAUCAUGGAAGUUGUUGCGGCAUGUUGCAUCGUACAUCAAUUGCCAUCGCAACCAUGUGAUCGGGCUCUCGAAGCCUGUGUCCGGCAAGGGCCUCGUCUGCGACAGGUCCCGCGAGGAGAAUACGACCGCGCUUGAAGUUUGUUCAGACUCCGACUGGAGCGGUUGCAAAAGAACAAGGAAGUCCGUGGGCUCUUGUGCGAUUCUCUGGGACAACAUGCUGCUAUAUGCACAUAGCAAAACCCAGAAGACCAUCAGCUUGAGCAGUGCAGAAUCGGAAUACAAUUCCCUUGUGUCCGCUGCGGCAGAAGGUAUUUUCUUGUUAGCAUGCAUCCGAUUCCUCCUGCCUGAUUACACGCUUGAACAGAUUUGCCUCGUAGACAACUCGGCAUGCCGAGCCCUGGUGUGCCGACAGGGAGUUGGGAAAAUGCGCCACAUCAGUGGCAAACUUCUUUGGCUUCAGCAAAUGACUAAGGACAAUGUACUGUCCGUAGGGCUGAUCCCUACAGCUGAAAACGUGUCGGACCUCGGCACAAAGCCACUGAAGGCAGAGCGGAUUGAAAAGCUGCUAGGCAUGAUUGGAAUCAGAUGUGCAGACAGCAACUAUGGUGUUAUCGGGGAGUCCUAUCUCCUCUCAGCGAGGGACAAACUGCAUGUCUCCAGAGUUGUUAAACAAGGAGCGCUUAGCACCCAGCAAAUCAUCCAAGUUCUAGCCAUGCUUCUCCAAGUUGAUCGCGUCGCAAGUGCAAACGAUGAGCCCGAUACACAGAAUGCCGAGGACGCCUUGAGCCAGGACGACGACAAUCUUGGAGUGUUUGCACAGAUUCUUGAAUGGUUUGUGUACAUGUUACCUUGUGCGGGAUUUUGCACUUGA